CGUGAGCUUUUUCGAGGUCCCUGUCCCCCUCGUGGGUCUUGCUCUCUUUUUCUUGCCGGAUGAACAAUUUCUCCAGUCUUGGUAGAGCCAGGCCAAGCCCUCAGUUGUCUCCAUAGUAAAAAGCAUAACGUCAUUCUGGGUUUCUUUUGUUGACUUUUACCCCUCACUUUGACACUCUUGGGUAGUCCAGAGGGCUCUUGAGCUCGAAACGAAAAAACACCACUCUGCAUAGAGCCACGACCAAACAAAAGAACCAAGGACGUCACACGAUGAUGGACUCGCGCACAAACUUUUGGCUGAUAGGCAUUGUCCUGCUCGUCUGCUGGGCCAGCCCGGCCUAUGCCUUUGGCGCUGGGAACAUUAGCAGCAAGUCGCCUAUUGAGGGGAUCAACUGGAGACACGGUGACAUUGAAGAUGCACUCCUCGGUAUCAUCAUGGCGCGCGCCCUGGACAAGAAGAGCAAAAAGUUCAACAAGAUGGCCGUCAUGCGUGUGUAUUUCGGCAAUUGGUUGAGGGAUUACUCGCAGGCCGUCGACCUGGGCACCAUCAAGAAUGUGUCGUACGAGGCGAUCCGACUGGUUGUGGCCAUCUUGGCUUUCAUGAACUUUGGCUUCGGCUCCAAGGAGUUUGAAGUGACGCCGGAGCGCCUGGGCUGCUACCGACCGGAGGAGCACAUCGACAGCCCCAAGGGCUACGGAGGCGGCGACAACCCGAAGCGGUACUGGGAGGGCCUCCGUGGCCCCGUGGACGAAGAGCGCGAGCUGACGGUGGACCCGGACAGCGGCAUGAAGAACUACAUCGCCAACGAGCGGGCGGGCAUCGACACGUCGGCGGGGCUGCUCCGCAACCUGCUGGGGCGCUGCAUCGACCUGGGCCGGGCGCACGCGCGCAGCGGACGCGACGAGGACCUCUACGAGUCGAUGCGGCUGAUGGGCACGGCGAUGCACUGCCUCGAGGACUUCUUCGCGCACAGCAACUACGUGGAGCUGGCGCUGAUCGAGAUGGGCCACCGCGACGUGUUCCCGCACGUGGGGCGCGACACCAAGCUCCGCAUCCCCGGGUCGCGCGGCGAGGUGUACCCGAUCGUGACGGGGACGUUUGGCGAGGUGGACUUUUUGCACUCGGUGGCGGGCGAGGUGUCGGACAAGAUCAAGCAGAACGAGCUGCAGGAGCUCGAGGAGCUGCUGCAGGACAACAAGAAGAACGACACGAGCCUGCUCAAGAACCUGUUCAAGAUGCUGCCCGACUCGCUCUUUGGCGGCGAGAGCCAGAGCAGCAAGAUGGACCAGAUCGAGCAGGACUGCACCCAGGCCCAGAUGAACAACCUCGAGGUCAGGCCGCACCGCGAGCCCGAGGAGAUCACAAAGUGGGUCUCCAACAUCUUCAAGCAGAUCAUCCCCGUCAUCGAGUGGCACGACCGCAUCAUGAAGAUCAUCUCGGAUGCCCUGCCCAGCAUCCCUGUGAUUCCUAAGAUCAUCGAGCAGCUCGAGGACCAGCUGAACGCCUUUGUCAUGAUGCAGCUCGCGCCCUUUAUCGUGCCCGUGCUGCAGCAGAUCCAGAACGAGAUGAAUGCCGGUUCCAACGGCAUCGUCGAGAGCAGCAAGCGGGAUCAGUUUGUCGUUUUUGACGACGACAGGUCUGCCGACCCUACGCACUCGAUGCUGUCCAAGGACCACUUUACCAAUCUCCUCAACGAACCCGCCGGCAAGACCGCCGCCGAGAUGGUCAAGUGGGUCGUCCCCCAGAUCAUGCAGGCCAUGGACGACGAGUCGAUCGACAUUGGCCGCACCGUCAACCGCAUCAUCUACGGCGUGCUGCACCACCCGGCACAGCGCUCGCUGGGGCACGACGGCGCCAACGAGGGCCGCGAGAUCUUCUUCCGCUCCAUCGAGCAGUGGUGGGGGUGCAUGGGACCGGACCAGCAGCGCGACUACCUGAGGCGUCUGAGCCGGGACGGUGUCAGGAACCACGAGAACCACAAGGAGGGCGAAUACGACACCGGACACAACAACGGCUGCCUGGGCCACCUCGACACGUCGCACAUCCACGGCGACGGCAAGAAGAAGAAGAAGGAUACGUGGGAGGACAAGAUCGCCACGCAGGCCGCCAACGCCAUCGUCUCGGGCGUCACGGGCGCCGUCGGCAACUUUGUCAACAACAACAACAGCCAGGACGGCGGGAAGAAGGACGACGGCCCCGGCGGCCUGCUCGGAAUCGCCGCCUCGGCGCUGGGUGGGAUACUUGGCGGGGGCAACGACGGAGACAAGAGGAGGAACGACGACGACAACAACAGCAACGGCGGCAGCCACAACAACGGUAGCAGUCACAACAACGGCAGCAGCUACAACAACUAUUCGUCCUCGGGCGGCCAGAACAGCGGCAGGCACGAUUACGACGGCGGAAGACAGGACCACAACGGCUCCUCCUCGUACAACCGGCCCGACUCGAGCGGCCGCCAGGACUACGGCAGCUCGUCGUACUCAUCGUCGCACUCGCGCCCGCACCACGAGUCGUCGUACGGCGGCCAGCAGUCCCACGGCGGCCACAGCUCGUCGUACUACGGCUCGAGCCGGAGGGACGACGACUCGAUGCCCGGCGGAUACCCCGGCGGGCGCGGCUACGACGGCGACGGCAACCACCGCGAGUCGCACCACUCGAGGCCCGAGCCGUCGAGGGGCGAGAGCGCAAGCUACUACAACAGUGGCGGCGGCGGCGGCGGCGGCGGCUACUCGGGCGGGUACCAGGAGUCGUCACACUCACACCACGGCGGUGGGGGUUACCAGCAGCGGCAGCAGCAGUCCCAUGGAGGAGGGUAUGAACAGCACCACCAACAGGGAGGCUACCAGCAGCAUGGCCAGUACGGACACCAGCAACAAGGAGGGUAUGGUCAGGGAGGUUAUGGCCAGGGAGGGUAUGGUCAGGGAGGUUAUGGCCAGGGAGGUUAUGGCCAGGGAGGUUAUGGCCAGGGGGGUUAUCCCGGACAGCAGGGCUAUGGGGGUCAUGAGCAGCGGAGAUGGUGAUUGAUGAUAAUGUGCAACGAAGGAAAAUGAGCAAAAGGAAAUAACGAGUGGCCCGGCAGCUAGACUUUUAGGUCAGGAGUAAAUAUACUGGGAAGCCUGUAAACAAGCG